AUGGGAAGCUUAACAAGCAGCAAAUCAAGGCCAUUUCAUCAACCAACACCCUGUACUCGCACUCACCAGAUUGGUGCCUUAGCCCUUGUUGCAACCACCUUCUUCCUCACUCGUCUCUUCGAUCAAUCCUUCAACCCUGAGCUCCAAUCCCCUGCUUCGCACCCCACCAAACCCACUUCCAUCAGCUUCAAUCCUAACCGUCCAUUCUCUUGGCCUGAACCAGGUUAUGGGUCCCACCUUAAUCUCAAGAUCUAUGUCUAUGAUGAGAAUGAGAUUCAUGGGUUGAAGCUUUUGAUGUACGGUCGUGAUGGUAAUAUUUCUCCUGAUGCGUGUGUUAAAGGCCAAUGGGGCACUCAGGUCAAAAUACAUAAGUUGUUUAUGAAGUCUAAGUUCCGGACCAUGAAUAAAGAGGAGGCAGAUCUUUUUUUUGUUCCAGCUUAUGCAAAAUGUGUUCGGAUGAUGGGAGGUCUAAAGGACAAGGAGAUUAACAGUACAUAUGUCAAGGUACUAAGUGAGAUGCCAUACUUCAGGCUCUCUGGUGGCCGUAACCACAUAUUUGUCUUCCCAAGUGGUGCCGGUGCUCAUUUGUUCAAGUCGUGGGCUACAUUUUUGAAUCGAUCAAUCAUUCUUACUCCUGAGGGUGAUCGUACUGAUAAACGAGAUACAAGUGCCUUUAACACAUGGAAGGAUAUAAUCAUCCCUGGGAAUAUUGAUGAUGGGAUGACAAAUGGAGCUUCUAUAGUCCAGCCUUUGCCACUGUCAAAGCGAAAGUUCUUGGCGAACUUUUUAGGUAGGGCACAAGGGAAGAUUGGUCGUCUUCAAUUAAUUGAGCUCGCAAAGAAAUUCCCUGAUAAGUUGGAAUCUCCAGAGUUGAAGCUGAGUGGCCCUAACAAACUAGGAAGGAAAGAGUACUUUGAACAUCUCCGCAAUGCAAAAUUCUGCCUAGCUCCCCGUGGAGAAUCCUCAUGGACCCUUCGCUUCUACGAGUCUUUUUUUGUGGAGUGUGUGCCGGUGGUGCUGUCUGAUCAAGUAGAGUUACCUUUCCAGAAUGUCGUGGACUACACCCAAAUAUCAAUUAAGUGGCCAUCAACUCAAAUAGGCCCUCAACUCCUGGAAUAUUUGGAAUCAAUUCCAGAUAAGGAGAUUGAGAAUAUGAUCUCCCGUGGUAGACAGGUGAGAUGUUUAUGGGCUUAUGUUCCAGAAUCACAGCCAUGCUCUGCUAUUAAUGGUAUUCUUUGGGAACUUCAACGAAAGGUCAGACAAUUUCACCAGUCAGCCGAAACAUUCUGGCUGCACAACAGAACCAUUGUAAAUAGAGAUUUUAUACCAUUUUCUCAUUGGAAACCGCCAAUGCUUUUACCUUAA